UUUAGACGGACCGGAUUUUUAGUAAUAAUGGCGGCGACCUUGGGGGUGAUAAUGUGAAUAGAAGUUGCACAUGAAUUAUCUAACGCGCUUAAAUCUGAUAGUGUAAAGAGUGUGAAGGAGGCAGCGGGAGGAACAGUUUAGAGAAGCGGUUUUAAACUUUGCAAUACAAGCAUGAUCCCUCUGUUAAAAUCGGCCGUCCAGGUAUUCGCCCGGAGCACUGGGUGCACAGGGCUCUUCCAGAACCCCCUCAAGGUUCUCUCUGCAGGACUGAAAACAUAUGCCCCGCCCCCUGAUUACAGUGGUGUGGUACUGCCUGAGCGCCCAAAACUUAAGUUCAUAAACAAGGUUCCCAACCUCAAAAAGGCCAAGAGAGAAAUGAAAAGAUUAAGAGACAUCAGGGGACCUGCAACUAGGGGAACUACUUUCAUGUAUGGCCAGUAUGGCAUUGUGGCUAUGGGUGGGGGUUACCUACACUGGGGUCACAUGGAAAUGAUGAGACUGACCAUCAACAGGCACAUCGACCCACGAACAACCUUUGCACGCUGGCGGGUCAAUGCGCCCUACAAGCCCAUCACACGCAAGGGGCUAGGGCAGCGCAUGGGCGGAGGCAAGGGUGCCAUAGACCACUAUGUGACUCCCGUGCGCUGCGGGCGGCUGGUGUUGGAGCUUGGAGGGCGCUGUGAGCUUGGCGAGGUUGAACCUGUUUUGAUAGAGGUGACCAAGAAGCUGCCUUUCCCAGCCAAGGUUGUGAGCAGGGAGAGUCUGGCUGCCAUGCAGCAGGAGGUGAAGGAGCGCGAAAUGAACAAUCAGAACCCCUGGACCUUCCAGAGAGUGGCUGCCUCCAACAUGUUGGGCAUCCGCAAGAUGCUGAGCCCAUUUGACUUGCGGUACCAUGGGAGGUACACUGGCAAGUUCUACCUGCCGGGCAGAGUGUGAGUGAUCACCUCUACCACGACCUUCACCUGGCAGGAGACUUGUGGAAAGCGGCUCCAGCAGUGGGAAUAGACGUCCUCCCAUACACACCACCUUGCAGCUACUGACUGUUCAGUAGAUACACCAAGCUGCUCCUGACUUUGUCUAAGGUUUAGGGGUCACAAUCUGGGUGACAGACAGUCCUUUUGUCCCUCAGUUGAACAGUUAUGGACACUUACAUUGUCAGUAGCUGGGUAUUUAACACACAAUGCAACGGAUAUUUUUCUGCUGGGCAGCCCUGGGCAGAUGGAAUUUAAAGACUGUCCAGGACAAAGCCAAUGAUGUAUCAGAAGCUGGGAUGGGUGUUUUGAAAAAGAUGCUAUUAUUUUAUAAUUGAAGUGCAGCUUAAAUGCGCUAAACCUGUUGGCUUUUGUCUGCUGUAAGGGACUCCAUUAUUAUUUUUUUUUUAUUUAUAACUGGAUUUCUAUUCCUUCUUCAGAAUAAGAUGUGCAGUUGAAAAUAAAACAUCCCAGCCUGAUGUUUUCCAAAGAAA